AUGUCACCCUUUUCGCCAGCCGACGGAGGUGCUGCCUCCGCCGCAGCCACCAACUCCACUGCCCACCCGCGCAAUGCCUGCAACCAUGGAAACCGCCACUACUUUCUCCUCUGUGGCCGGCAACAGUACAGGCCUCGAGUCCAGACGACCAAAGCUAACGGGCGUUUUGUCGUCGCCGUCAGCAACGCGCCCAGCCCCGAGUUCCCUGUGGACCCGACUCUCCACUACUUCUUGUUCCUGCACUCGCCCCUCCUCAGCACUCUCGACGCCCUUAGCUCGUCCACUACUCCCUCGCCGGGGGCUACUGCAGUUUUGGUUGGCUUGGCUCUCGGGCCUUUUGGGCAUACCCACGCCCCCCAUCAUCAUCAAGGUCAAUCGCUGAAGUGCCCGUCUCCGCGCCUCAGGUUUGCACUCGGACACUUUAACAAAAGCGACACCGUUAACCAUGAUAAACAGCAUACCCACAACUAUCCCUUGACCGGUCAUCCUCCGUUUGGUGGCGGUGCUCACUUCUCUUUGCCGUUGUUUGGUUCCCAGUAUCCCCAACCUGACGCCUCGCGUCCUUCCGUGCCGAAUCAGCAACCUUAUAAUCACAACCAUGUCGAAUCUUCUCCCUUGGGCCCGCGGCGCUACUGA